GCUCGCACUUCCUUUCUGCACCACAUUUGAAGCUCAAGUGUCUGGCGCGGCGCCUCAUCCGAGUCCUGCAGUCGCCCGCUGCAGACCCUGCUGCAGGAUGAUCGCCCGGUGGUGGAGCUGCCUGUUCGGACUUCUGUGCGUGCACGCCGAGGGGACACGCUGGACAGCCUCUCAGAGCCCGGCAUCCAUCCGUCAGGUGGAGAUCAACUCGUCUGUGGAGAUCUCCUGCUCCACAUCGCUGCCAAGCCCGAUGGCGUUGAGCCUGCACCGUUUUUUCAAGGCUGACGCGCAAAUCGUGUAUCUGUCUUUGAGCAAGGCCAAUAUCACCAAACAGAAUCCCCGUGAGCACUACAUAGACCGGGUACAAGUGACUCGAGAGCAUUUGAAGCCGGAGUACCAGGUGACCCUGCAGCUGUCCAAGCUAAAGCGGGACGACACCGACCUGUACUACUGCAGCUGGACGUACUUUGAGGAUAAAGAAUUUACCGUGGAGCAUCUGAGAAGCAACGGCACCGUCCUCGUCGUGGGAGAGAAAAGGCCUGAAGCCCAGUGCCCGAUCCCCACCCUGGACCUGGUCCUGGUCUGUGCAGGAGCCACGGCCCUCAUCCUCAUCCUGUCCUUCUGCGGGGUGCGCUUGUACAGGGGCAGACGAGUACGGGUAAAGCCCAUCGAGAUGCUGCCCCGACUCUGUCCUGCUCCACUGCUCACGUUGGGUUUUUGUUUCUGCAGACUGAAGGGAACUUCAGACCCGUGCCGCCCCCCAGGACAGAGAGACCUCACAGAAACAGAUCCUGCAGCUGCAACUCGCAUCCCCCCCACAACCAACCGUAUUUAGUCACUUCGUUACAAUCGCCUUACUUAAACAGGUGAUCUGCAGCAGCAGCUCCACGGUUUUUGCUUUGAUGCUUAAAUUGUUGUAUCUGCAGAAAAAGCGUCAGCCACCACUUCCUGGCCGAGGCGCUGCUCGCCGAAGCGCCGCUCGCCGUGGCUGGUAGGGGGAAAGUGCACAGCAAGCAUUAUUUCUGUUCAGCACAUCGACUGUUCCUUUGAAGUGAAAAACGUUUUUUUUUUCCUGUGAUGACUUGUCAAGACUUUUGAAGUUUUUUUCUGUAAAUGUUUUGUAAGAAAUGCAUUAAAUCUGGAAAAAACGUCGAGUUCCUCCCAGAUUCUUAAUCACUUUUUGAAACCAAAGAAAGACACUAAAAAAAAAAAAAAAAAAAAAAAAAAAAAAAAAAA